AUGGACGCCCCUAGCCCUUUCAAGAUCUCAGUUCCAGAUGCCAAAAUCGACCGUCUGAAGCAAAAGCUGGCACUCACCGACUAUCCCACCGAGGCUGACGAUGCAGACUCAUGGUCACGGGGGCCGCCCUUGAAAGACAUCAAGCGGCUUGCAGCCCGCUGGGCUGAUGGCUACGACUGGCGGGAAGCCGAAAGGCAUCUCAAUUCGUUCCCUCAAUUCACCACCAAGAUCCCUCUUGAUGACUUCGGCACCUUCAAUGUCCACUUCAUUCACCAGCGCAGCCCCGUAAAGAAUGCCAUACCUCUCCUCUUCGUGCAUGGCUGGCCCGGCAGCUUCAUCGAGGUCACCAAGAUCCUCCCUCUCCUGACCCAGGGCGGCAAGGACCAUCCAGCUUUCCAUGUCGUCGCACCCUCCUUGAUCAACUUCGGCUUCUCCGACCAAUGCACCAAGCCCGGCUUCAACGUAAACCACCACGCCGAAACCUGCAAGAAACUCAUGCACCAGCUCGGCUACCCCAACUUCGUAACCCAAGGCGGCGAUCUAGGUUACUUCACCACUCACGUCAUGGCCCGUGCGUACCCUCAGCACGUCAAAGCCUGGCACGUCAACCUCGCCAUCCCGGAGAAGCCCACGGCCGAAUCCCACCCCGACCUCCACGCCCAGGUCGAAGCCCACACCCUCACGGCCCGCGAGAAAGCCGACAUGGCACUGACGGCGCACACAGGCAAGAAUCUAAUGGGCUACUACCGCAUCCAAGAGAGCAAGCCCGCCCUCAUCAGCAUCUCGCACACCGACUCGCCCGUCGGCCUCCUCUCCUGGAUCUACGACGUGCUGCACUGCUGGUCCGACCACAGAACUCACGCCUGGAGCGACGACGAGAUCCUCACCUGGGUCAGCAUCUACGCCUUCAGCGUCGGCGGCAUCGCCGCCAGCGUGCGCAUCUACUAUGAGGCGCGCUACAUGGAAGGCACGGUCGCGGCGCAGCGCGGGCCCGUGGAGCCGCCGUUCGGCAUUGCGCAUUUCCCCGUUGAGUUGAGCGCUUUCCCACGGCUGUGGUAUAAUACGAUGGGGAAGAUGGUGCAUCAGCGUGAGUAUGACAAGGGCGGGCACUUUGCGGCGUGGGAGCAGCCUGAGACGCUCGUGGAUGACAUUCGCAUCAUGUUUGGCAAGGGUGGUGGGGCUGAGGGGGUGGUGGAGGGGGCGACUGGGUAUGAAGACAAUGGUGCUGCGUGA